GAGUAAUGACACCAACUUACAGAGAGUCAAGACAAAUGACCAACCAAUCAGAUUCAGUCUACCAAAGCCUGAACCCCAACACCAACCAAUCAGAUUCGGUCUACAACAGUCUGAACCCCAACACCAACCAAUCAGAUUCAGUCUACCAAAGUCUGAACCCCAACACCAACCAAUCAGAUUCAGUCUACCAAAGUCUGAACCCCAACACCAACCAAUCAGAUUCAGUCUACCAAAGUCUGAACCCCAACACCAACCAAUCAGAUUCAGUCUACCAAAGUCUGAACCCCAACACCAACCAAUCAGAUUCAGUCUAUCAAAGUCUGAAUCCCAACACCAACCAAUCAGAUUCAGUCUACCAAAGUCUCAAGUAUUAAACCGACCAGUUGGACACAGUUGGAGUCAGAAAUUGCCCUCUAACCAAUGAGAUUGAUGCUGCCAGAUUCUCUAUUAAACUGGACUGGCCUCUUACUUGAAAAUUAUUCUAGUUUCAAACUAAAUUAUGGAAUAACCUCUCAAGAUCAGAUAAUGUAAAUGAUUAGUUUUUCAAAAAGCCAGUUUAUCGCUGUUCAGAAGUUUGCUAUAUGCUUGGAAACCAGCACAUGGAAGUGCUGAGAGCCUUCAUCCUCAUCCUGAAAUGUGGUCAAAUAAAGUCUAUAAAAGAUGCCAUUUCAUAUGUUAGAUAUCAUGUGUUCUGUGAUUACCUGAUGCUGAAAGUUUGUGCUUCUGGCUUUGUUUUGAGAGUCAGGAUUUGAGUUGUUCACAAAAUUACACACACCUCCUUCAAGUUACAUUUCUGAUGUGUAAUGAUUUUCAUAACCUCCAUGACACAGGGUUAGAGGUUAGUUAGAAGUUUCAGCUCAAUAGCCACGCUCAACAAUCAACAGUGAACAUUUAUUAUUAUUUAUUGUUAUUUUUAUCAUGAAUCAUCAUUUAUCAUUCCCUACUUUAAUCACUUUUAAUCAUUUUAUACAAUAAUUUUCCAUAUUAAUGCUGUAAUGAUGCAUUUGCCUCCUAAUGUUUUUAGAACUUUGGGAUGAGUAAGCUUAGCCACACACUGAUUUUUACUGAUUUACUUAUUUACUUAUAAUUUCAUGAUUAUAAUUACUAUUCUCUGUCUUUUUUAUUUUCACUUUGAUUAUUAAACAUUUAAUUAAUCAUAAAGGGGAGUGUAGAAUAUUAUGUAUUUUAAACUCCACUCAAUGCUUCCUGUGUGUUGUACGUUUACUCCUUUACAUUUUGAGUACUGCAUCGAUAAUGGACUGUGGUUGCUAUGCGUUACUUGGUAGGUUCUAUUUUCUAGACUUAGGUCACUUUGAGUUUCCAGCCACAGAGGGUUUGUAAGAAAGAGAGUCAAAGGUUACAGGUGUUUUGGAUGAUGAGACCAUGAAGGGGUCAAAUGAAUAAAUGAAUAAAUUCUGUCUCCAGCCCUCCACUUUUGUGGCUGCCUGCAUCUCUUUAUGAAGAAAAAACUACACUAUGAAAUUCUGUGCUUCAGGUCUUUCUCCUGGUCCAAAUAACAAACUUCCAAAAACUUGACAAAUGAAACAAAAGCAGCAGCAGCUGAAAUGGGAAAUGUUAUGCGAUCAUGGACUUUGUAAAUUUGUAAUUCUGUUCUUAUUCUCUUCACAUUAAGAACAAAAAGCAGUUAGACAGAUUCAGGGAUAUUUCUGGGGGAUAUAAGAACAUAUUCUGGUACAGUUUCAUUGUAAUUGUUAGAUCCUUGGCUACACACCCUUCCACACUUCAGUACUCACAGACAAUGGUCUACUUACCCCUGGCUCCGCCCACUUACAGGCUUCUUAACAUGACAUGAACCUGGACUAUUUCAG